AUGUCAAACUCAGAUCUCGCCGCCGCUGGGAGCAGCACGUAUUCAUCCAAUACCCUUCAUGUUGGGGAUGGCACCUGGGACUCUGGGCGGGAUACCUUCCUGCUGCCCAAUUUGAUGGGGGUUAACUUUGAGACGAUGCGAUACAAUGGCAUGGGGAACCGUUUCAAAGAUAUGGCCGGGUACCAUUCCAUAAUCAUCGCGCACGGCGUCAUUGCAACCAUCGUUUUCUUGGGUAUCGUCCCAACAUCAACUUUCCUAAUCCGAUACUACUCCCGAUGGAAUCCUUACUGGGCAUUCAAAUUGCAUGCUUGGUGUCAGGUACUUACCUUGCUCUUGACCACGGUCGUGUUUGUGCUUGGGUGGUUCGCCGUUGGGCCGGAAAGAAGCCUAACCAACCCUCAUCAUGGAAUUGGCCUGGCAAUCUAUGUUUUGGUCAUUUUCCAGGUGCUGUGGGGCUGGUUCCUGCACAAGAAGGAGAGUAAGAGACAGCGAGUCCACGUUCCUUUGAAACUGGUGUUUCACCGGUGGCUGGGUCGUGCUCUUGUACUUCUCGGCAUUGCCCAAAUUCCACUAGGACUCACGCUUUACGGGUCGCCAAAGGUCCUAUUCAUCCUGUUCGCGCUGACAGCUUUCGGCUACUUGGUUCUUUACUUUAUACUUUCCUACCGAUAUGACGUCGAAGGAUAUCACAUGGGAAGUGAGCACGGUGGUGAUCGCAGUCAUUAUACGGGACCUUCAGAAGUUUCAGAGCACCAUGGCAAUCACGCGGGACAAGCUCUCGCCGCCGGUGCUGCAGGUGCUGGCUUGGCUUCAAUGUUUCGACGACGUACAAGCAGUCGCCACCCAAGCCAUGCGUAUGAAGACUCUCGCACAUCUAUUUCCGAUGAAAAAUAUUCGGAUGAAUCUUCCCGCCAUCAUGGUGGUGGAGGAGGUGGUGGUUUCGGCAAGAAACUCCUCGAGAUUGGCGCACUGGCUGGGGCUGGUCUCAUGGCCAAGAAGUUCUGGGACCGUCGAAAGAAGCGAGAAGAUGAUGCCGAAUCGGGUCGCUAUAGACCUGCGCAUUCGCGCAGUACUAGCCACACGGAUGAAUCUCUCAGCAGGAUGGAAGAUGGUCGACCGGAGCCAACACAUCACACGCCCCUUAAUCGACCACCGAGUCGUGCACCAAGCAGGUCCCAAAGUCCAGGCUCAUCUUACUAUUACAACAGCACAUAUUUCACCGAACCGCCCAAGCGAAACGCUUCUCAUGGGAUUAGAGACGCUGUUCUGGGUGCCGGUGCUUUUGCUGCCGUGAAGCGACUAUUCAGCCGCGGUAAUAAAAAGGACGAUGAAGAGAAACGGCGGCUGGAGGAUAUCAAGCGCCGAGAAGAUGAAGACGAGGCGCUGCAGAGAGUAAACAGCAGACGACGACCACAGGCGGGAGAAAGUUUCUACCCACGAAGAAGGGCCAGUUCGUACAGUGAAACUGAUCUCACCGAAACCGAUCUAUCCCGUCCUCCACCUCGACACACUUCACAUGGAGAGUCUCUUCUUACUGCAGAGCCUCCUCUGGCCUCCGGUGCUGUCCAUAGCGCUGUAUCAGAUAUGCCGCCUAUGCCCCCGAGCCACCAGCAGUUCUCUGGUGACUUGAGGCCGGAAGCUCCUCCCUCACGUCACUCCCUCGCCCAUGAUGGAGCAGAAUUUGCAUCAGGUGCGGCCGCUGGUGCAGCAUUAGAUGCAGCCUCCCGUCGCAAUCGGAGCAGCAGCCGGCGCCGAGGGGACGACGUUGCCUCACCGCCGGUAUCUGUGAAAGUGAAAAUGCACAAUGACGGACGACAUGUUACACUCCGUCGGCUGACCGAAGAAGAAGCGGCCGCGAGCCGUGAGGCCCGUCGCAGAGAGCGAAGAAGCUCUCGACGUCGCAACAGCAGUGCGGGCUCCUUGUCUGGCAACGAAGACGCGGGCUACGACCGCUGGCGUCGCGUCGAAGAACUCGAACGUCGACAAGACGAGCAAAUGCGACGUGAACAGGCCGCUGCUGCUCAACUUGCCCCUCCACAGGCAUCUAUGGCACCUUCAGGCAGCAUUCCUGCAUCCUCAUGGGGCGCACCGGCCUCCCAGGUCAGCCAAAUGCCGCCCGCACCUCCCAUUCCUGCGCCUUCCACCAUUCCAUAUGGGGCAGGCAGUGUCACUUCCCCCACAUAUACCGGUACUGAGAUGAGCGGCUCGUACGCGAACAAUCGUCGCCGCAGACGUGCUGAACGAGCCCGGACCCGACAAGAGAGGCAGCAGCAGCACGGUGUGGAAUUUACUUGA